GAUCUGCUCACAGCACCCGGCCCAAGGUCUGACCCGUAUCAGUGGAGCGUGGGAUGCAUGUUCGGUGUGGGUGAGCGUGUAUCUUGUCUUCUGCCAUGUGUGAGUGUCUGCGAGGAAUCUUCCGUGUCAACUGGAGGCCCUCUUCAGACGCAGAGUCUGACAGAGAGAGCAGUCAUGGGAAUCCACAAGCCAGAGAUUCACCUGUAAACAACAAAAGACGCUCUCCCCCCUCAGAUAGGCCUCCUUUUGGCGCUCAUCUGAGUACACAGCACAGCAUCUCUACUGAUGAACAGGACAGCCCAGAGCGAAUUGUUCAAAAGGAGAAACUCCAUGCAGAACUAAAACAGGUUUUGAGUCUGAAAAGAAGCCAGUUUAGAGACACCCAAUCCACCCUCACUGACAUGGAGGAACCCCCCAAGACAGACAGUAAGAAUGAGGUGGAGAAGGAAAACCAUUUGUCAGAGCUUGUGGAAGUGGUUGUUGAAACACAGGCUGAGGUUGGAGCUAGUGGGUACAGUGUUGUGGGUGGAGGGGAGCAAGGCAUCUUCAUCAAAGAGGUUUUGAAAGACUCCCCAGCAGCAAAGCACCUCAGUCUACAGAAAGGAGAUCAACUUCUAAGUGCCAGGGUGUAUUUUGAUAACGUGAAAUAUGAGGACGCAUUAAAAAUUCUUCAGUGUGCAGAACCCUACAAAGUGUCCUUCUUUUUGAAGAGGACUGUGCCAGGAAGUGAAGUCAGCAUACAUCCAAGUGCACAAAAUCUUGAGCCCAGAGGACCUAAGGCCAAGAUGCAAAAAAUGAGCGUCAAAAGCGUGAAACCGUUCAAAACCAAGAAAAUGAGAGGAGGAAGAUUUGGAUUGAAAAGGCUGAAAGAGAAUAAAAAAACAAGAGCACGGGAAGAUCUGGAUGUUGAGGGCUUACCUGGUAGAUCAGACCUCAGUUCUGUUGAUGUUGAGUUUGUAUUCCCAAAGUUCAAGAUGAGGAAAGGUGGGAAUGCCACUGCAGAUGGAUCAGGACAUCUGGAAGUCGUUAUCACUAAGAAGAAGAGGAAGAUCAGAUUUCCAAAGAUGAAGGCCAUGGAUGCUGCUGUGGGUGAAGGGAAUGUCAAUGUAGAUGUUUCAACACAUGAGGGAGAGGCCUCUAGGGCAAAGCUGAAGGACAAGACAAAAGGUCCAAAAUUUGGAAUGAAUUUCCCUAAAAUUAAAAAGUCAAAGAUAAAUGUACAAUCAUCAAAUGACAAUUUUGAGGUGAAGGAACUAGAAGGCAAAUUUAAGCCUCCAUUAGCAGAGCGUGAUUUCAACAUGCCUCAGAGCAAAGCUGAAACUAAUGUUCCUAAUCUUGAGGUUAGUUUUAAAGGUAAAGGAGAGGGUACUGAGAUAAAACUACUGAAGAUAAAUCCGGAUGUCUCGGAUACAAUGGGGACUGUUCCAAAGUUCAAACUGCCAAAGGCAAGACUUUCUUGUCAUUCAGAUGAAAUUGAUGGAGAGAAAAGGAAAGAAACUGAUACAUCUGAAAAUAAACUUAAAAUGCUCAAGAUUGACAUCAAAGCACCAAAUAUGGAUUUAGACUUACAUCUCCCAAAGUCUAAGGGCACGGCUGAAUUCAAAGAUGGUGAAGUUCCUGAUUGCAAUGUAAAAGGAACAAAAAUCAACAUAGCCAAGCCUGACAAAUCAUUACCAGUGCUAAACCUUCAUGUAAAACAAAAAUUUGGAGAUGCCAUUGAUGGAUCCAUGGUCAAAGAGCAUAAGAUUUCUCUCCCCAAACCUGACAUUGCAGUGCCCAAGAUAGAAACGUCAAGUCUUCCUACAUUAGACGUUUCAUUACCAAAGAUGACUGCAAAAAACAUUGAUACUGAGGGACAUGCAAGUACUGGGGUAAAAUAUGAAAUGACAAAAUUAGACAUCUCUCUUCCAACAGUAACAUCCCCUGAGGGUGAAGUUAUAGUUGAAGAACCUGGAGCAAAAGGUGGAACAUUUCACAAGCCAAAUAUCAGCAUUUCGUUACCAAAAGGUAAAGGUGAAGCAAAGGUGGAUGGUCAUUCUGAGAAAGGACCAAAUGUGAAAAUGCCACAAAUAGACAUUUCCCUCCCCGAAAUGAAAUUACCACAAGCUAAAAUUGAUAUAGAAGGGCCUGAGGUUGACAUUUCCUUGCCGAAAGAAAUGCUAGAGGUAGGUGCAGAUGAUAAGGGCCACUUUGGAAAAGGGGAAAAGAUUAAAAUGCUUAAAGUAGAUGUCUCACUACCUAAUGUAAAAUCACCUGAGCAUGCCAUUGCUGAGGGGCCUAAUAUUAAAGCAGGAAAACUGAGUAUCCCAUCAACUGAAAUUUCACUUCCUAAAGGUAAAACUGAGGGAAAUAUUGAGAUUGGAGACCCAUCUGGGAAAGGAGGCCAAUUUAAAAAGCCACAUCUAGAUGUCUCGAUUCCAAAAAUGAAAUUAUCCACAGGUGCAAUCAAUACUGAGGAUCCAGAGGUCAAAGGUGAGAAAUUCCAAAUGCCACCCACUGAUAUAUCAUUACCAAAAGGAAAAAUAGAGGUCAGUGUUGAGGUCGAGGGUCAUUCUGGAAAAGCAAACAUGCCCAAAAUUGAUCUAAAUAUGUCACUGCCAGAAAGUAAACUUGAUUCUUUGAGUCCUGAUAAAGGAAAGUUUAGCACCCACAGAGCUGAUAUUUCAUUACCAAAAGGAAUAACAAAUGAACAGAUUAAUAAUGAGGUUGAGAAGGGAGAUACGUGUCCUAAAUCUGAUAUAAGUCUACCUAAACUCAAAUCAGGAGAAGUUGUUUUUGAUGUUAAAAGAAUCAAUAGGAAGUUUCACAUGCCACCAAAUGAUAUUUCCUUGCCACAUAAAAAAGAUGAAAGAGAUGUUAAUGUGGAACCCUCUGGUAAAUGUGGAAAGAUUGAAAUGCCAAAGGUUGAUAUCUCUCUACCUGCAGUGAAAGCUUCUGGUAUUGAGAUUUCCUCGCCAAAAAUGAAGUCACCACAAGGUGACAUCAGUAUUGAAGGGCCUGACAGCAAUAGAUUCAACAUUCCAUCCGCUGAUAUAUCAUUUCCAAAACUAACUGACACAGGUGAUGUUGAUCUCAGAAGACAUUCGGGAAAAAUAGGAAAGCCUGAUAUUCCAAACCUGGAUAUUUCCUUACCAAAAUCUAAAUCAACCAAGGGGGAACUCAGUGUGGAAGGACCUGAAUUCAAAGGUGGUGAGUUAAAUAUACCUUCUUAUAAUAUCUCCUCAGCAGAGGUUAAAACAGAGGGUGAUAUUUGUCUGGAGGGAAAAACCAAAAAGGGCACAAAAUUUCAAAUGCCAAAAUGGAACAUCAUUUUACCACAAAUAAAAUCAGCAGGGACUGAAAUAAAUAUUGAAGGACCUGAAUUGAAGGGUGGGAAGAUAGAUAUCCCAGAUGUUGACAUUUCUCUUCCACAAGGAAAAGUAAAGGGAGAUGGCAAAGUUAAUGACAGAAAGGGGGGCAAGUUUCAUUUUCUUCAAUUUGAUUUGUCACUUCCAAAGAUUAAAAAAAGAUCUGUGGAAGUCAAUAUAGAAGGACCUUAUCUAAAAGGAUGCAAAGUUGACACACCUUCCCUUGACAUUUCUUUGCCCAAAAAUAAAACUGAGAAGAAUACUGAUAUAGAAGGCCAUUGUGGAACAGGUAUAACAUUUGAAAAAAGCGAUGGUUCACUGCCAAAAGUAAAAGCUACAGAAGGAGGAAAUGGAGCUGAAGCUCCUCAGAACCAAGGAGGAAAGUUAGAUAUGCCAUCAACUGAAAUGUCCUUACCAAAAGGGAAGGGUAAAGGAAACAUUGAUCUUGAAGGCAUAAAAACAAAUUUGCAUAAAUUUGUUAUUAGCUCACCUAAGAUUAAAUCUUCAGAUGGAGAAAUCAAUAUUGAUAUCAAGGAUGGAAUGUUUCAAAUGCCUUCUAUUGAUAUCUCUCUGUCAGGAGGAGACACAGGAGGAGAUGUAGAUGUUGAAGGACAUACAGCAAAAGGAGGAAAAUUUGAAAUGCCAACAUUUGAUGUUUCCUUGCCUAAAUCAAAACCAUCAGGAGGUGAAAUCAGCACUGAAGAUCCCAAAAUCAAGGGUGGAAAGAUUCAUAUGCCCUCUAUAGAUACAUCUCUGCCUGCAGGAGGCACAGGAGGAGAUGUAGAUGUUAAAGGACAUGCAGGAAAAGGGAAAAAAAAUGAGAUGCCUAAAUUUCAUGUUUCCUUGCCUAAACUAAAACCAUCAGGAGGUGAAAUAACCACUGAAGAUCCCGAUAUUAAGGGUGGAAAGAUUAACAUGCCCUCUAUUGAUAUCUCUAUGCCUGCAGGAGGCGCAGUAAAAGAUGUAGACGUUGAAGGACAUGCAGGAAAAGAAAGAAAACUUGAGAUGCCUAAAUUAGAUGUUUCUUUGCCUAAAUUAAAACCAUCAGGAUGUGAAAUCAACACUGAAGGUCCUGAUAUCAAGUUUGGAAAGAUUAACAUGACCUCUAUAGAUACAUCUCUGCCUGCAGGAGGCACAGGAGGAGAUGUAGAUGUUGAAGGACAUACAGGAAAAGGAGGAAUAUUUGAAAUGCCAAAAUUUCAUGUUUCUUUGCCUAAAUCAAAACCAUCAGGAGGAGAAAUCAAUAAUGAAGUUCCUGAUAUCAAAGGUGCAAAGAUUCACAUGCCCUCUAUUGAUGUCUCUCUGCCUGCAGGAGGCACAGGAGGAGAUGUAGAUGUUGAAGGACAUGCAGGAAAAGGAAAGAAAUUUGAGAUGCCUAAAUUUCAUGUUUCUUGGCCUAAAUCAAAACCAUCAGGAGGUGAAAUCAACACUGAAGGUCCUGAUAUCAAGGGUGGAAAGAUUCACAUGCCCUCUAUAGAUACAUCUCUGACAGGAGGAGUAGCAGGAGGAGAUGUAAAUGUUGAAGGACAUGCAGGAAGAGGAAAAACAUUUGAGAUGCCUAAAUUUCAUGUUUCUUUGCCUAAAUCAAAACCAUCAGUAGGUGAAAUCAACACUGAAGGUCCUGAUAUCAAGGGUGGAAAGAUUCACAUGACCUCUAUAGAUACAUCUCUGACAGGAGGAGUAGCAGGAGGAGAUGUAAAUGUUGAAGGACAUGCAGGAAGAGGAAAAACAUUUGAGAUGCCUAAAUUUCAUGUUUCUUUGCCUAAAUCAAAACCAUCAGUAGGUGAAAUCAACACGGAAGGUCCUGAUAUCAAGGGUGGAAAGAUUCACAUGACCUCUAUAGAUACAUCUCUGACAGGAGGAGUAGCAGGAGGAGAUGUAGAUGUUGAAGGACAUGCAGGAAAAGGAAAGAAAUUUGAGAUGCCUAAAUUUCAUGUUUCUUGGCCUAAAUUAAAACCAUCAGGAGGUGAAAUCAACACUGAAGGUCCCGAAAUCAAGGAAGGAAAGAUCCACAUGACCUCUAUAGAUACAUCUCUGCCUGCAGGAGGCACAGAAGGAGAUGUAGAUGUUGAAGGACAUGCAGGAAAAGGAAGAACAUUUGAAAUACCUAAAUUGGAUGUUUCCUUGCCUAAAUUUAAACCAUCAGGAGGUGAAAUAAAUGUUGAAGAUCCCGAUAUCAAGGGUGGAAAGAUUCACAUGCCCUCUAUAGAUACAUCUCUGCCUGGAGCCAAAGAAGGAGAGCUUGAUCUGGGUGAUGACACUAAAAAUGGUUUAAGAUUUCAGAUGCCCACUGUCUCUGUCCCUAAAAUGAAACUAACAGAUCAUGAACUAAUAGUUGGGUCAGAAAAGAAAGCCAUAGAUAUUUCAGUUCCUGAACUGACUCAUGAUUCUGAUAUAGCGACCAAAGCUACUGGUGUCAAAAUUAGAGAUCUAAAUGUCCCUGAAGUAACUUUAGGUGGGAACAUCAAGCUGCCAAGUGUGAAAAUACCAACUGUUGACAUAUCUGCUCCAAAAGUUGACCUGGACUUUACUCUUCCCAAGGGAAAGGGCAGUGACAGAGAAAACAUUGAACUUCUUAAAGCGGAGGAGGGAAGGCCAUCAUCUGGGGCAGACGUCUCUAUGAAAAUGCCCAAAAUAUCACUUCCUAAAUUUGGCAGAAAGUUGAAAAGUGGAGACAAACUAGAACAAGACAGUCCUGACUUAUCAAUAGAUUUGGACUUAGAAAGAACAUCACCAUCAAUGGAAACAUCUAAAAGGGAAACGGAAAUAAUUGCUACUGAUGCUGAAAUUAAGAUAAAAGCAGGCGCUGGAGAAAUUACAAAACCAGAAAUCAGUAGAGUAGAGGAUCCUGAUAUUAAGGUCAAAUCCAAGCUCAAAUUCCCCAAAUUCAAGACACCUACUCCUAAAGCAAAACUCAAAGAUGCAGAAAUGGAUAUGCCUGGAUUCCUGGGAAACAAAGGAAAGGUCAGAAUGCCAGAAGUUGAGAUAUCAUUGCCAAAAGCAAAUAUUCCAGAAUCUGAGGUAUUGCUUCCUAAAACUGAGGUUGAUGUAUCUGAAGCAGAUAUCAGAGGUUAUGAGGGCAGUUUAAAAAUUCCUAAGAUGCCAACAAUUGACAUAUCAGUUCCAAAAGUUGAUUUGGAUGUUUCCUUGCCUAGGUUAAAACUUAAUGAACCAGUAGACUCUUCUGACUUACACAUUAAUAGUAGGGGUACAGUAAAUUUUCCCCAUGUCAAAAUACCUAAAGUAGACAUUUCACUUCCUCAUGGAAAAACAGGUGACACAGAUAACCAUGAGGUGGAGAUUGGAAGGAAGGGUAAAAUAAGAAUGCCAGAAGUGGAAAUAUCAUUACAAGAUGCAAAACAUGACACAUCUAAUGUUGACACUGAAAUCAAAGGUAAAACGCAAAAAAUGUCUGUGCCCAGUCUUGAUAUAUCAUUGCCUCAUGGAAAAACAAUGAAAAAUGAUGGUCCUGAUAUAGAAUUUGGAGUGAAAAGGAGUAAGUUCAAAAUUGCAGACAUUACGCUGCCUAAGAUAGAUGUAUUGCUACCUCACAGAAGCAAAGAUGAAAGUCAUGCACCUGAUUUAGAACUAGAAGGUGGAAAAUUAAAAAUGCCAACAACUGAUAUAUCCCUUCCAAAAAUAAAAUCUAAAGACGUUGUUCCAGAACUUCAACCAGAUUUAGGAAAAGGUAAAGUCAUGAUCCCUGGAAUUAAACUACCAACAAUAGAUGACUCAUUUCCUCGUGGUAAAAAAGAGGACACUGGUGAUCUUGAACUGGGAGUGUGUGGCAAAGAAGGGAAAUUUAAGGUUCCUGACAUCAAAAUUCCAAAAGUAGAUGUAUCAUCUCAAGGUCAACCAGAGAGUGCAGAGAAAACAGAGGUCAGAAGACAAGGCGGCAACUUUCAAUUACCAAAAAUAACAAUACCCAAAGUGGAUAUAUCAUUACCAUAUGGCAAAUCAGAUGACCCUCAGGCUUCAGGGUCUGAGGAAGUAGAAGGUAGGCAAUGUAAAAUUCCUGGUAUUAAGAUACAACAGGUAGCCAUAUCAUUACCAGAAACUAGAACUGGAGAGAUUGAUACCAAAGAGGGAGAAUCUGGAGGAGGGCAUGGAAAAUUCACAAUGCCAAAUGUUGAAAUCCCAAACCUAGAUAUAAAAAUGUCUAGGGAUGCAAACAUGUCAGAUUCUUCCACUGAUGUGAGCCUUAAGGAUUCACAUAAAGAGGGUAAAACGUUGAGGAUGCCUAAUGUGGAUCUAGAGCUGGAUCUGGGCUUAUCAAGAGAAGGAAAAAAGAAUAAAAAGAAAAAUGAACUUCCAGAUACCGAUCUGGAAUCUGCCGCACCGAAAGAAAAAAUAAAAGGGCCAAAAGUUAAAGGUUCUAAAUUUUAUAUUGGAAUGCCAAAAUUAAAAGUAUCUAGAUUAGAAAACAAGAUAAGCAAGUCUGGAAAAACAGAUACUAAAUUUCUAAAAGGAGGAACUGAUGCAAACUUGCAAGCUGAUUUACAAGCACCAAAGAUUCCUGAGCUUGAUUUUGACAUUGAGACUGCCCAAGCUGACACUAAUAAUUCUGAAGAAGAUAAAAAGCAGACCGGUAAAGGCAAAAUUCCAAAAUUUGGGAUACCUCUGCCUUCUUUAAGUUCACCUGAAGCCAACAUCAGUUCAUCUCAGGAAAAAGGUCACUCUGUAAACACAGACUCUGAGGCAGAGUGUGAAAGCCCACAUGUGCCAAAAGUAAAAAAAGCUGUAUUUGUUAUGGUGAAUUCACAAAUGGAGAACACUGCUAGUAUAGGUGGUGAAGCAAGUGCAGAAAUUGGAGAUGAGAAGCUCAAGCAGCCAAAGAUCAAAAUGAAGCCAAGUUUUGGCAAGUCUCGAUCAAAUAAUAAGGAGAAAGAGGUGGAAACUGAGGGAAAGUCAAAAACUGGUAAGUUUAAAUUGCCAAAAGUGACAUUUUCGUCUGGGCAGAGAGGAUCACUUGAUGUAACACCAAGUGGGUCUGAUGAUGGAACGAAUCCAAGUCUAAAUGGUGACAAAGAUGAAAAAUCAAUGUUUGGAAAGCUUAAAAUGCCUAAAGUGGAGUUUUUCUCACCAUACUCAAAAGAUGCAAGUGAGGAAGAGGAAAUGGAAACAAGCCUGAAAAUCAGGAAGGAGGCCUUGGGAGAAAGCAAAGAGAGCAAGGAGUCAAAAACAAUAUCAGGCACAAUGUCGUUCCCAGGUCUCAGGAAGAAAACAGAGAAGAAUGAGGAGGUGAGAAAGAUUAGUACUAUAGUAUCCUCGAAAGCAAGGACUGAAAUGUUGGCAGAAAGGAAAGGAUCAGAGUCUCCAAUACCCACAGUAUCAGCUGAAUUUGUCUCUGUAACGAAGAGUGAAGAAAGAGAGGAGACUACAUGGUUCAAAGUACCCAAGGUCACCCUUAGUCCCCAUUCUACCGGCAUCCAUAAUAUCACACCAGAAAGCUCUCCAAAAGGAAGCAAGUCCUCUCUUCCUUGCUCUAGUGAGGAAGCCUCUGGAGGAUUCUAUGUGAAGAUGCCAAGCGUCGAGGUUUUGACCCGUGAAAUGCCCUCAGAGCCUUUGAUUACUAAAACAGAGGGAACUCUUACUGUAGUGACUAAGACAACAAAGUAUACAGAAACAAAAAGUACCUGUUCGAAACAGUAAGAAUCUCAGUUACAGAACUGUGACAUACAAUCGGUAGUGGCAUAAUAAUUAGACCCAAAUAUUUGUAUAUGUGACAAUUAUUUCAGUCUUGGAGCUUUUAUUCUAUUUAAAGUAAGGAAAGCAAAAAUAUUUGAUCCAGCUUUUGCAAGAAAAACAUAACUUAUACAUAAUGAAAAUGUAGAGAAUAUUAUUUAUUGUAGACCUUAUUUUCAUAUUUUGUAGCUUUCCAACAUUUUUAACUUGCAACUCUGUAUAAACAUAAUAUAGGCACAAAUCUGUGUAACAUAGAUAGAUGCAAAGAUAUAUAAAAACAGAAUAGUUUUUUUGUGUGUGGUUUUUUUCUGCUCACACUUUUCUUGUGCAGUCUUGAAUGACAUUUAUGCUGUAGCAAUUUUAUAGCAUUUUGGUAAUAUUGUUUUGCCUUUUUCGAUGCCUGGUUGGUCUCUGUAGUUUAUGGUUGUUGUUAUGGAAUUGUGUGUAUUUUAAAUAAGAUUAGAAGUACAUGUACUAUUUUACAUAUUUAUAUGCAUGAUCUGUACAGAUAAGACACUAAAAAGAAAGCCUGUAAUGUUAAGUAGUUUUGUGAUACAUAUUUUUGCCACCUUUAAGAUAAAUUUAAACAAUAUUACGUUUUUUUUUGUUGUUUGUUUGUUUGUUCGUUUUGUUUGAAUUCUUCCGAGUGUGAAAUGUUUUUCUUUUUUUGUUUUUUAAAUUGUGUUGGUGAUGGGAUUAGUCUACAUGCAAGCAAUGCUGAUGUAUAUGUAUCAUAUUUUAAGCAGGUUUAAGUACUGAACUGCAUGUUUGUAUGUGCUGCAUUUUGAAACAGUAGUUAAGAUGAUGCCCCAUCUCCAUCUAAUGCAAAAAAUAGAACAGUCAAAUAAAAUAUUAACAUUCUAA